AUGACGGAUAAUUACUAAAAAUUAAAUGAAAGAUCUUACUUAUACAUAAUUAUAAAUACGUCAUGAUGACAUAUUCAUAAUGAUUAAUUAUUACGAUAACGUAAUAACAUUAUUAUUAUUACUAUUAUAAAUAACACCCUAUUCCCAUUUGUUGUGAAUGUUUACGUUGUUUUAUGAUAUUCAAAAUAUUCUAAAAAUAAAGUCUAUAAUUUCCACGAAUAUCUGUGUUCUGUUUCUUCUUCUAUUUUGCAAAAAUAAUAAAUUUCAGGAUUACACAAUCAAGUUGUUAACCUCGGUCGACAUACUCGCAAAAAUGUCAUUCGAAGGGAAGUACAACGCGAAAAGUCCGGCUGUGAAAAGAUUAAUGAGGGAAGCUCAAGAACUUCAUGAAGCUACAGAAGAAUAUUGUGCAUCUCCUUUAGAAGACAAUCUUUUUGAAUGGCAUUUUACCGUACAAGGCCCACCAUCCACAGACUUUGAAGGUGGUAUUUACCAUGGUAGAAUUUUAUUACCACCAGAAUAUCCAAUGAAACCUCCAAAUAUUAUACUUUUAACACCUAAUGGACGUUUUGAAACUAAUAAAAAGAUUUGCCUCAGCAUUUCUGGGCAUCAUCCAGAGACAUGGCAGCCUUCAUGGAGCAUCAGAACAGCUUUAUUGGCUUUGAUUGCUUUUAUGCCAACACCAGGAAAUGGAACAAUUGGUUCUUUAGAUUAUAGCAAAGAAGAAAGGCAAAAGCUUGCAAAAAAAUCUUUAAAUUGGCAAUGUGAUACAUGUGGCAAAGUUGUUGAUUUGUUAUCUAAAAAUACCGUUAAAAAACCCAUCACAGAAGAAGAACAAACUAUGUUAAAUACAAUAGCAUUAAAGGCUGAUGAUUCACCCACAUCUGAUACAUCCUAUUUACUUAAUACAGAUGGCAUUUCAGAAAAUCAACUGAGACAACGUAGUGUUGAAGCAAUUAAUGAGACUGAAGAUCAACAGCAAUCAACUGUCAUAAUAAAUCAACAAAUAGAAACAAUGUCAUCAUCAAAUGAUUUAUUUUGGAGUAUUCUAAUUGCUUCUUUAGUAUCAGCUAUAAUUCUACUUGUUUUACGACGGCUAUUUCUUGUUUAAAUUAUAUUAAAUAUAACAGAAAAUUGAUUGUAAGUAUGUUAACAAAACAAAGAAUUUUAUACACGUUUUACAUACAAGAAACAUUUUUAAACUUAAAAAAAGAAUGUCAAAUUUAUACACACUGAAAAUAAUCAAAAUUUCAUGAAAAUAAUAUAUAACAAAAAUUGCAUUGAUAUAUUCAUUUUAGUAUAAAUAUAUAUAUAUAUAUAUAUUAUUUUUACAAAAUAAUUGUUCAUGAAAUCUAUUUGUUUUUUAUAAAGAUAAAAAUAAUGAUAACUCUAAUUUAGUUAUUUUGUUCUUUAAUAAGUUAUAUACUUAUGUUUUUAGAUGUUUCUUUUUAACUUUUUGAUAUUUAAUAUAUAUUUCCAAAGCAUAAUUUUAAAGAAAUUAUUUAGAAGUUUCAAUUUCUAAAUAAAGAAAUUAUAAAUUGCAUUUAAUUCGUAUAUCUGCUUGAUACAUUACAAUUUUUUAAUUAUAUCAAUUAUUCCAGUAUUAAACAAACAUAAUUUUUAUCAAAAUCAUACUAUUUGAAAUUAUUUUAAAACAUUUAAAAAAAAUGUUUUAAUCAAAAAUUCAUCUCACAAUAAAUUUAACAUUUUUCAUGAUAAUAAAUUUUAAUUUUAAUGUUACUAUAGUUUUUAAUUAUAAACAUUUUUUUCUUCUUCACUGUUAUAUAGAUGUAGAUAUAUCUUGUGUGUUAGAAUUGUAUAUAAUUAAUAUAAAUUUAAUAUAAAUUAAACAAGAGAGAUAUUGUGUUGUAUUUCAUGAAACUGCAUAAAAACUAAAACUAAAUAUAUCAAUUUUUAAAAUAUUUAAUUACUUUAAUAAAAUCAAUUCUAUCAAUAUUUAUAAUUAAAAUAUUAAAUAAUAGCUAAAACAAUUUAAGAACAUAAUCCAUUCCACAAGCAUCAUAUAUAUGUAUAUUAUUCAGUAAUGCUCGCUUUAACAUUUUGAUUUCAAUUGAAAAAAAAAAAAAAUUUAAAAAAAACAAAAAAUUCUUGUCAAAUUUCAUUCAGAAAUUUAUCAUUUAAUAUGUUUAAUCCAUAAUAACAAUACAUGUAAAACAGAUAAAAAUCUGGAUGCUAAAGUGAGUAUUUGUAGCUAAUGUAUAAUUAAACAUUACGAAUACAUGAAUAAUAUACACACAUAUAUUUAAAUAAUAGUAUCUUGAAUAUUAUGAUCCAUUUCAAGCUUCAAUUUAUAUUUAAAUUUUAUUUAGAUUUAGAAUCUUUUGCAUUAUAGAUUAUGAAAUAAAAUAUAAUUAUUGAAUCGUUGCAUUAUAAUGAAACUAAAUACAGUUUCAUUAUUCUAAGUGUUAUUUUAACUAAUUAAAGGAAUUAAAAAUACAAGGGAUAAUUUUUGUCAUUUCUUCUAACAUGUACAUAAAAAUAUAAUAAAGUAAUUAUUUAUUAAAGCAUACAAA